CUAUGCAAUUGAUGUUAUCAUGCUCUAUUUUUCUUCAUAUCAGAAUAAACUUUUAUUUAAGACUGUUCGGAACUUGAAAAAAUUUUAUAGCUUCUAAUAAAUUCAUAGUUUUAGUAAGGUAUAAAAAAAUAGGAUGGGUCGUCCUAAAACCAAAAUGGAGAUGGUGGCAGACAUUUUGGGGACUUCAGCGAAGCCGCGGGAAAGUCCGAAGAAGCAGGUGGUGAAGCAGAAAACGAUGAAGGUGUCGGCCGGGCACAAGAGGCGCAGUCUUCCUUGCCGCCUAAAUCCAAGUGUUAUCCGCCAGAUUUGCGAGCCGGCGGAGAAGUGCACGAACUCAAAGGCCCGGAUUAUGUACGUCAACUCGAACUACGGCAGUAACAACAACGCCGAUCAAAGUCAAACCGAUUGCCAUGAGCCUAAUUGCCCCACUUGCAAAGGGCCGAAUUCAUCAAUGCAAGAUCCUGAAUCUCAACCCAAGCCAAAGAUGGGACAGUGUCCUGCCACAAGGGAGAGAUCUCAAAGGACCAAAACAAAGUAGUCAUGUGAGAUGGUAUGACUAACUCCGUCAUUUCUAUGGAUGUUUAGACACCAUUCUACAUAAAAAGAACAGAUGACGAGGACAUUAGGACAUUCUGUAAGCAAUCCUAUCUAAAAGCUAAGGAUUCCAUGAAUCAUUGUCCUAAGGAUAGGUCAACGAUUCGCGAUCUACGAAGUAACAAUAUUUUCAAGGCCUGUGAAUUUUGUAAUUAUUUGUACAUGAGUGUGUAGCUAUUCGAAUAUAUAUUUGGAUGUGUGAACUGAAAA